AGUGGAAACUUGCUCAAUUGUGGACAACCCAGUGAACAUGCCCUCAAUCGAUUCUUUGUCUUCCAAAUUGUGUUGUUACUCUGAAGGGGCAGGGUCUUAAAAAAGCAUCCCACAAACUUCUGAGCAUGCAGAAACGUUCUUCAGUUUGUGGAAAGCUUUUACAGUAACUGUCUGGAGAAACUGAGAAGCGCAGCCAUGAAGCCAAAGAUCAACCUGAUAGAUUUUUGGAGAAAGAACCGAUCUGCUCACCCAAGCAGAGCUAAGAAAACCAAACAAAAAUUAUCGCCUCGACAACUGGCGCAGCUGAGAGACCCCGAAGUGGUGGCAGCCCUCGUCCAGCAGAAUGUCAAGAUGGCGCGUCUGCUCCCUCCCACAGGCACCGAUGUGUUUCGGCCCCUCACUCUGGAGUCGCUCGCUGAGAUUGAUCGGCGGAUGGCAGAGGAAGCCGCCGAGCAGGAGCGCAUGAAGGAGCAGAAUGUCAAGGUGGCCGAGGAGGAUCUGCCCAAACCCACCAGUGAUCUGGAAGCUGGGAAAGUCCUGCCGUUUAUCUAUGGAGACCCUCCACCAAAUCUCCUCAAUGUUCCUAUUGAAGAGUUGGAUCCGUACUACAAAGCACAAAAAACGUUCAUCGUUAUAGACAAAAAGAACACGAUAUACAGAUUCAACACUGAACCAGCCUGUUACUGUCUGAGUCCCUUCAACCCUGUUCGACGAGCUGCCAUAAGAAUACUCAUACACUCAUUGUUUAGCUUAGUCAUCAUGCUAACCAUCCUGACAAACUGUGUGUUCAUGGCGAUGAGCGACCCUCCAGGCUGGAGCAAAAUAUUAGAGUACGUUUUCACUGGCAUCUACACCUUUGAGGCAAUGGUAAAGGUUCUGUCCAGAGGUUUCUGCAUUGGCGAUUUCACAUUCCUACGGGACCCGUGGAACUGGCUUGAUUUCAUGGUCAUCAGCAUGGCGUACCUCACAGAGUUUGUGGACUUGGGGAAUAUAUCCGCUUUGAGGACUUUCCGUGUUCUCCGUGCCCUGAAAACAAUCACUGUAAUUCCAGGUCUAAAAACCAUUGUUGGGGCCCUAAUUCAGUCAGUAAAGAAACUGGCGGAUGUGAUGAUCCUCACUGUCUUCUGUCUCAGCGUGUUUGCUCUAAUUGGCCUGCAACUGUUUAUGGGAAAUUUGCGGCAAAAGUGCGUCUUGUGGCCUCCGGUUGGCUGGUACAGUGACAACCUGACAGUGCUCUCCAAUUACACAGACAUCAAUGGAAAUGGAACUGCCAACAGCACUUUUGACUACCAGAAAUAUAUUAACAGUGAAGAAAACUACUACUAUGUGCCAGGCCAGAUGGAUCCUUUAGUUUGUGGGAACAGCUCGGACGCAGGGUUGUGUCCUGAGGGUUACAUAUGCCUGAAAGCUGGCCGAAAUCCUAAUUAUGGCUACACCAGUUAUGACAACUUUGGUUGGGCUUUCUUAGCUCUUUUCCGGCUCAUGACUCAAGAUUUCUGGGAGAACUUGUUCCAGUUGACUCUCCGUGCAGCAGGAAAGACGUACAUGAUCUUUUUUGUGGUCAUCAUCUUCUUGGGUUCGUUCUACCUCAUCAAUCUGAUUCUGGCUGUGGUGGCCAUGGCCUAUGCUGAACAAAACGAAGCCACCGCUGCAGAAGCUAAAGAGAAGGAGGAAGAGUAUGCAAAAAUCAUGGAGCAACUCAAGAAACAAGCUGAGCAGAAGAACGGGAUGGUAAAUGGCAGCAAGACAUCCCUGUCAAGCAAAAAGAAAGGUGAUAAUGAUCAAAUGCAAAGCGACUAUGAUGGGAUUGCAUUGAAACCCCUCUCGAAAUCCAAUGGAUCCAAAGGCAACAUAAAUUACUUGGAAGUUCCUGACUCACAGAUACGAAAACCAAGUGUGGUGAGCGCUGUAGAGAGUGCUUUAGAUGCGCAAGAGGAUAUUGAAAGGCCAUGUCCUCCCGGCUGGUACAAGUUUGCUGAUAUAUUCCUGAAAUGGGAUUGCUGCAUACCAUGGGUGAAGUUCAAGAGGAUCGUCUACUUAUUUGUAAUGGACCCUUUUGUGGAUCUGGGCAUCACCUUGUGCAUUGUGCUCAAUACUGUGUUCAUGGCUAUGGAGCACUAUCCCAUGUCAGUACACGUUGAAGAAGUGUUGGCAAUAGGAAACCUGGUUUUCACAGGUAUCUUCGCAGCAGAGAUGGUGCUAAAGCUCAUUGCGCUGGACCCAUAUUAUUACUUCCAGGUUGGCUGGAACAUUUUUGAUAGUAUAAUUGUGACCAUGAGUCUGGUGGAGUUGAUGUUGGCCGAUGUUGAGGGCUUGUCUGUGCUGAGGUCCUUCCGUCUGAUGCGUGUGUUCAAGCUGGCAAAGUCCUGGCCAACCCUAAACAUGCUGAUAAAGAUCAUCGGCAACUCUGUGGGCGCCCUUGGGAAUCUGACCCUCGUCCUGGCCAUUAUCGUCUUCAUCUUUGCCGUGGUGGGGAUGCAGCUUUUUGGAAAAAGCUACACAGACUCUGUGUGUAAAAUCUCAUCAGAUUGCGAGCUCCCUCGCUGGCACAUGGCAGAUUUCUUUCACGCCUUCCUCAUCAUCUUUCGUGUUCUGUGCGGCGAGUGGAUUGAAACUAUGUGGGACUGCAUGGAGGUGGCUGGUCAAGGCAUGUGCAUCAUCGUCUUCAUGAUGGUCAUGGUUAUAGGAAACCUAGUGGUGUUGAAUCUUUUCCUGGCUUUGCUGCUCAGCUCCUUCAGCGGGGACAACCUGUCAGCAUCUGAUGAUGAUGGGGAGAACAACCUGCAGAUUGCCAUUUCUAGAAUCACCAGAGGUAUCGACUGGAUAAAAGCCUUUGUUAACAAACACGUGAGACAAUGUCUGAAUCUGAAGCCAAAGGAAGAGGGUGCGAAAGUAAAUGGAGAAGGCGACGCUAAAAUGAAUGCCAUCAUGAAUUCCAGUUCCUCCAUGGUCAAAGUGCCUAUAGCCAAUGGGGAAUCAGAUGAUGACGACGGAAACGGCUCUUCUGAGGACGAAGACGAUGAGGGCCGUGAUAUAAAUAUGAAAAAGAAAAAUGGAGAUGAAUCAUCCACCUGCAGUACAGUGGACAAACCUCCUGAGGUAGAAGAUCUUGUAGAAGAGGAAGAGGAGGAUCUCACUAGCCCUGAGGACUGCUACACUGAGAACUGCAUCAGGCGAUGUCCUUGCUUGGAUCUGGACGUUAGCCAAGGUAAAGGCAAAGCAUGGUGGAACUUCCGGAAAACCUGCUUCGCCAUUGUGGAGCACAGCUAUUUUGAGACCUUCAUCAUCUUCAUGAUUCUCCUUAGCAGCGGAGCUUUGGCUUUUGAGGACAUUUACAUUGAACAGCGGAGAAUGAUUAAGAUCAUCCUUGAAUAUGCAGACCAGGUCUUCACCUAUGUGUUUGUGGUUGAGAUGCUUUUGAAAUGGGUGGCCUAUGGUUUCAAGGUCUACUUCACAAACGCUUGGUGUUGGCUUGACUUUCUCAUUGUUGAUGUAUCCCUGAUCAGUCUGACUGCGAACAUCUUAGGCUACUCUGAACUGGGGGCCAUAAAGUCUCUGAGGACUUUGAGAGCGCUGAGGCCUCUUCGAGCUCUUUCCAGGUUUGAAGGAAUGAGGGUGGUGGUGAACGCCCUGGUGGGUGCAAUUCCCUCUAUCUUCAACGUUCUCCUGGUGUGCCUGAUCUUUUGGCUCAUCUUCAGCAUCAUGGGAGUCAACCUUUUUGCUGGAAAGUUCUACUACUGCUUCAAUGAAACAUCUGAGGAGGUCUUCGAUCACAAUGUGGUCAACAAUAAGACUGACUGCUAUGAGCUUAUGGAGUUUCAUCCCGAAGUGCGAUGGAUGAACGGAAAGAUCAAUUUUGAUAAUGUGGGCAUGGGCUACCUCGCCCUACUGCAAGUGGCAACAUUUAAAGGAUGGAUGGACAUCAUGUAUAGUGCUGUGGAUUCACGUGCCAUUGAAUCGCAGCCAGUAUAUGAGGCAAACCUCUACAUGUACAUUUACUUUGUCAUCUUCAUCAUUUUCGGCUCAUUCUUCACCCUCAAUCUGUUCAUCGGCGUAAUCAUUGACAAUUUCAACCAACAAAAGGCAAAGUUAGGAGGAACCGAUAUCUUCAUGACAGAAGAGCAGAAGAAAUACUACAAUGCCAUGAAGAAACUUGGAUCUAAAAAACCCCAAAAACCAAUUCCAAGGCCCACGAACUGCUGCCAAGGUUUGGUCUUCGACUUUGUCACACAGCAGUUCUUCGAUAUUUUCAUUAUGGUGAUGAUCUGCCUGAACAUGGUGACCAUGAUGGUGGAGACUGACGACCAAAGUGCUGAGAUAGAGGAAAUAUUGUUCUAUAUCAAUUUCGCCUUCAUCAUACUCUUCACCGGGGAGUGUGUUCUCAAGAUCACUGCACUGCGCUACCACUACUUCUCCAUUGGGUGGAACAUUUUUGAUUUUGUGGUGGUCAUUCUUUCAAUAUUAGGUAUUGGGCUGGCAGACCUUAUUGAGAAGUACUUUGUGUCACCUACCCUGUUUCGUGUCAUCCGAUUGGCCAGAAUUGGCCGCGUCCUGAGGCUCAUUCGGGGUGCGAAGGGAAUCAGAACAUUACUGUUUGCGCUGAUGAUGUCACUUCCUGCCCUCUUCAACAUUGGCCUCCUCCUGUUCCUAAUCAUGUUUAUUUUCUCCAUAUUCGGCAUGUCCAACUUUGCGUAUGUGAAAAAAGAAGUCGGCAUUGACGACAUGAUGAAUUUCGAGACCUUCGGGAACAGUAUCAUAUGCAUGUUCAUGAUCACUACAUCCGCUGGCUGGGAUGGACUGUUGGCGCCUAUUCUCAACUCCCCACCAGACUGCGAUCCGGAUGUGGAUAACCCAGGUUCAACUACCCGAGGAAACUGUGGGAACGCGGCGGUGGGCAUCGUGUUCUUCUGCAGCUACAUUGUCAUGUCCUUCCUCGUUGUGGUCAACAUGUAUAUAGCCAUUAUCCUGGAAAACUUCAACGUAGCAACGGAAGAAAGCAGCGACCCCUUGUGCGAGGAUGACUUUGAGAUGUUUUAUGAAACUUGGGAGAAAUUCGACCCCACCGCCUCUCAGUUCAUUGAUUACAAUAGACUGUCGGAAUUCUGCGAUACGCUAAAAGACCCUUUGAGAAUCCCCAAACCGAACACCCUCAAGCUGAUUACAAUGGAUAUUCCCAUGGUUACGGGGGAUAAGAUCCACUGUCUUGACCUCCUCCUGGCACUCACUGGAGAAGUGCUGGGUGGUUCUGACCAGAUGGAUGGUAUGAAAGCAACUAUGGAGGAGAAGUUCAUGGCAAACAACCCUUCCAAGGCCUCCUAUGAGCCCAUUACCAGCACUCUCAAACGAAAACAAGAAGAAGUGGCUGCUUCCACCAUUCAAAGAGCCUAUCGCUCGCACAUCCUCAAACGCUGCGUCAAACAGGCCUCAUACAUGUACAGAGACAAGACAGGCUCAAAGAAACCAACCGGAGAAGCUCCAGAGAAAGUAGGCAUGAUUGCUGAGAACAUGAGGAGUCUUUAUGGAGAUCAGGCCGUUGAGGAUGACCAUCCUGUGGGUUGCUCGUUCUCUCAACAUGGGAAAACCCAGUUUGGAGCUAAACGUCCUCCGGUAAAGGUUCAGAGCGAUGUGGUCCUGCAUUCUGCCCCUUUUCCUGUUCCCGAAUCCUCAACCGCUGCAGACAACUUGAGGGAGUCCAUUGUGUAGUAGGUUCAAGAUGUUGUUUAAACUCAAUCUAGAGGAAGCCCCAUUAUAAUGAGAGUUCAUUGGCACAGAAUAGCCA